AUGGCUGAUCUCACCACCUACCGCGGCAAUUGCCACUGCGGUGCAUUUGUCUUUGAGGUCGACCUUCCCGUCCUCACCUCCGUCACCGAGUGCAACUGCAGCAUCUGUCGCCGGAAGGGGUACAUUGGGGACUUCCCUAUCAGCCGCGAUGUCUUCCGCAUCGUCAAAGGCAACGAGGACGACCUAGCGGUGUACGAGUUCGGGGCCAAGAAGUACGAGCACAAGUUUUGCGCCACCUGCGGCACGGCCGUCAUCAUGAGCGUCAAGAGCGACGCCUCCAUCAUGGCGUUGAAUGUACACGUGCUGCAGGGGGUGGAUACCUGGGCGCUGGAGAAGAAGCGCUUUGAUGGCGCAUCGAGUGAUCCCAAGCCCGCACCCCGAACGUACGAUGGCCCGCUGCCGGAGAUGGUAGACGGGGGCAAGCUGUACACAGGCAGUUGCCACUGUGGCGCCGUGCAGGUCGCGCUCGCGAGCAAGCCUCUCGACGAGAACUUUCCUGACGGCCUUGGCGAAUGUAACUGCAGUAUCUGCGAAAGGAAUGCGUACAUCUGGGUGUGGCCGAUGCGCGAACAAGUGGUUCUUUUCGGCGACGAGAAGAACAUCUCGCGCUACGAGUUUGGCAAGAAAAACAUGGGCAAAAUGUUUUGCCGCAUAUGCAGCGUACACAUGACCAACUUUGCCGCCGAAAAGUCGGAGGAAGAGCUCGCUGCCAUGUCUGGCGAGGAGCGUGCGUACUUUGAAGGGGGUAAGGCGCGGCAUCCCGUCAACCUGCGGGUGAUCGAGGGUCUGGAUCUUGAUGCUCUUCGAGGCAAGAUCACGCGGAUCAAGGGGGCCGAGGCGCCGCCAGCAUAUGUAAACCCUUAA